ACGAUGACAAUUCGGAAGAAGGCCUUCACACCAUCCAUUCGGGAAGGCACGAAUAUGCAUUCAGCUUCGAGCUUCCACAGACACCACUUGCUACCUCAUUCGAAGGCAGACAUGGCAGUGUGCGCUAUUGGGUGAAAGCCGAAUUGCAUAGGCCUUGGUUUCUACCAGUAAAAUUAAAGAAGGAAUUUACAGUCUUUGAACAUAUAGAUAUCAACACUCCUUCAUUACUGUCACCCCAAGCAGGCACAAAAGAAAAGACUCUCUGUUGUUGGUUUUGUACCUCAGGCCCAAUAUCCUUAAGUGCCAAAAUUGAAAGGAAGGGCUACACCCCAGGUGAAUCAAUUCAGAUCUUUGCUGAGAUUGAGAACUGCUCUUCCCGUGUGGUGGUGCCAAAGGCAGCCAUUUACCAAACGCAGGCAUUUUAUGCCAAAGGGAAAAUGAAGGAAGUCAAACAGCUUGUUGCCAACCUGCGUGGGGAAUCCUUGUCAUCUGGCAAAACAGAAACCUGGAAUGGCAAGCAGUUGAAAAUUCCACCUGUUUCCCCUUCGAUUCUUGACUGUAGUAUAAUCCGUGUGGAGUAUUCACUGAUGGUGUAUGUUGAUAUUCCAGGUGCCAUGGAUUUAUUCCUCAACUUGCCACUCGUCAUUGGUACCAUUCCUCUACACCCAUUUGGUAGCAGAACAUCAAGUGUGAGCAGCCAGUGUAGCAUGAACAUGAAUUGGCUUGGUCUGACACUGCCUGAAAGACCAGAAGCACCUCCUAGCUAUGCAGAAGUGGUCACAGAGGAACAAAGACAGUCCAGCCUUGCACCCAUAGGUGCUUGCGAUGACUUUGAGAGAGCGCUUCCAGGACCAUUGUUUGCGUACAUCCAGGAGUUCCGUUUUCUGCCUCCACCCCUCUAUUCAGAAAUUGAUCCAAACCCAGAUCAGCCCACAGAUGACAGACCAUCUUGCCCCUCUCGUUGAAGGAAUCCAUACAAAGCUGACUUGACUUGGGUUUUGAAUCAUACCUGCCAUGUUGAAGGUCAAGGCGUCAUGGUGGAGACACACUUUCAGAGGGAGUGGUUUUGCUCUUGCCUGUAUGGUGAAUACAUGAAAACAACCUGUGAUCGUGCUUUAAAGCCUACAGUAACAUUGUAGGGCUGCUCUACAUGCUUGAAGACCUGAGCUUUCCCCCCCCUCCUUUAAAUACUGGCACAUACUAGGAGCAGCCUUACUAACCUAUGGUCAUGUGUGUCAAAACACUCAAACCACAUUGUGAGAGAGGGGUGGCUUCCUCUUAUGAUUUGGAAAUUUGCACAUGCUCAUCGCUUACGUUGUGCGGUUCAGUGUCACUACAGCUUUUUCUCACUUAUGCUGGACUGUUGUUACCCCCCUCUUUGUUUGUGGUCCGCACAAUAAGGAGCAAAAGAAAGCUUUGGCAAAAAAACAACAGCAACAGACUUUGACAAAUGCACUGACUUUUUUUUUUUUUUUUUUUUAAUUUAAUGUAGCCUGGACUUUACCUGCAUAUGCACAUGCUCAGAAUUGUCCUAGUAGGCUGAUCAUGUAUCACCUUUUCAGCUUGGAUCCUAUUGUGGAUUUAUUUACAAACAUCAAAUGCCUUCAAGCCAAUCCUUCUUGCUGUACGUUUUGCAGCCUACUGUAGUAGAUAAGCAACGGAUGUGGGGCUGGGGUGGGGGGUGGAGAGUUAGUAGAAAGAAACUAAUAGACUUCAUCAAGAUUGUAUACCUUCUUGAUUUCUUUUAAGAAUUUGUUGCCUUUCUACUAUUAUCGCAAAGCAGCAUUUUGUUACAGACUGCCUAAAAUUC